GGGGACACUACGAUCCCAAAAAAGCACCAUUCUCAUUUGUUCUUUGCCCUGGAGCUAUGGAAGCAUACAUCACUAAAUAUUAUAACGCCACAUCUAAUGAGAUGCCCAGGGUGGAGGACAACUUCGCCCUCAGCUCUAGCUAUAGCCAUCUCCCAGUCGUCCUCUUAUGUUACUUCUUGGUGGUGAAGGCCUUCGGGCCGAAGUGGAUGAAGGAUAAGAAGCCGUUCGUCUUGCGGGAGGUCAUCAUGGUCUAUAACCUAUCACAAGUCCUCGCCAACGCCUAUCUACUCUAUUUGGCCCUCAGCUAUUGGGGAUUCGAUAUACUCAGAUCCUGGAACCAUGUCUGCAAUCCAAUCACAGAAACCAUCGGAUUCGAUUUAAAAAAUCAAUACAGAUUCAUGGAGGUCAUGCAUUAUUACCACAUCACUAAAAUCGUCGAUCUCCUAGAUACCGUAUUCUUCGUAUUGAGGAAGAAGGAAUCCCAAAUAACAACGCUUCAUCUGUUCCACCAUUCAACUAUGGUUGUAAAUUCCUGGUUAACAAUGACACCACUAAGGGAGCAAGUUAGCGCCUUAUUUGGAGUUUUAAACUUGAUCGUCCACGUCUUCAUGUACACAUACUACUUCCUGGCAGGUUUCGGUCCCAAAGUCCAGAAAUAUCUGUGGUGGAAGAAGCACCUUACGAGGAUGCAGUUGGUGCAGUUCGUUUUGAUGCUUGCAAUUCUUGCGAAGAUGAAAUUGAUCCAAUGCCAGUGCAGUCCUUGGUUCUGGAGUUUAUGGGCGUUCAACAUAUCAGUCUACUUUGGACUAUUCCUGAACUUUUAUAUUUCCUCUUACAAUAAGAAAAGAGAAAAAUCACAGUAGUCAAAAUAAAAGCAACAAUAUCAAUCAUUGUUAUAUCCAAUAUAUAAAAGUGUGAUCUGAUCUAAUUUCUGAAAGGAACUUUCAAGCACUUUAUUUGCUAUUUAAAACUUCUAUUUUGACUAAUGCAAACAAAUUUUUAACCAAUGUUUACCUUCCAGAGUGCAGAAAUUAAGAGAAAAUAAAUCAUGACUCCAACAUUAGAAUAUAUUUUUAAAUGCAUGUAAUGCUUGAAAAUUAUUGAAUCAUUGAAACACUCAGAUCAGAACAUACUUCGGAUCAACUACCUGCCUAUUUUACCU